AUGAACGAUAGAGAUAACAACAAUUUAAAGUACACAGAUUGGAGAGCAUCUAUUAAAGGGUUGAUUAACGAAUAAAAAAACAGUGUUAGACUAGAAAUAAUUAGACUUAAAUAAUAAGGAAACACAGUAUCAUAACUAGUAAAAAAGUUUAAUAUAUCAAAACCAUAAUUGUAUAGAAUAUUAGAAAACCCAUGUUUAAAAAGUAUGAAAAAGUUGAAUUAAUUUGUAUCAUUUAUCUUGGUUUACUUUAUAAAAAAUAAAGAAAGAGGCAGGAAAACAAUCAUAAAAGAAGAUAAGAGACGUGAUCUGCUUCAGUAAUUAAUUACAGAAAAUGGCAAUUAAUUUCCACAAAGAAAGAAAAAUUUUGUGAAAUUUCUAAAAGAGAAGCAACAAAUAUAGGAAAUUCCACAAAUAACAAACCAUGUUAAAUAUCCUGAAUAUGAUAGAUUUAGAGCACUCUAUGACUAAAUAAAAGACCAGUAUAAAAGUCGACAGGACAUUCAUUCCCUUUAAAUCCAUGAAAAUACACAAGAAGACUCAAAUAAAUAAAGCACUAUUUAUGAUUGUGACUCGAUGUAUUUGAAUCUUUCGAUUUGUGAAUAUUAAGAACAGUAAGAUUAGUUUUUUAAUGAAUGA